AUGGUAAAUGUAUUUAAAUGGGAUAAUGUUACUAUUAAAUUGUAUACACUGAUUAUUUCCACCCUGAUUUAUGGAUUAAUCGAGUUAAUUGUCGGCUGGAUCUACAGUUCGGUAACCCUGCAAGCCGAUGGUUAUCACAUGCUAGCCGAUUUAGCUGCUCUGAUCGUCGCUUUGAUUGGACAUAUCUUCGCGUCUCGAUCUUGGUCUAAAUCGACCUUUGGUUGGGCUCGAAGUGAAAUUCUUGGUGCUCUAAUUAAUUCACUUCUAUUGUUCACCUUGGCCGGUGAAAUUUUGUCCGAUUCAAUCAAUGCGAUCAACGAAUCAGUCAAAAUAACGGAAGUCAAGUUAGUUCUAAUUGUUGGAUCAGGAGGAUUUAUAUUCAAUCUAUUUGGAUUUUGUUUACUCUAUGAUCUCAAUCCACUAAAGUUAAUCAUUGGACAUUUUUCUAAAUCGAAAGUGUCCAAAAAAGAUCGAAAAUCAAUCUCCAAAUCGACUGAAAUGAACCUGAGAGGAGCAGCUCUUCAUUUGUUGGCUGAUCUUUUCUCAUCUCUUUUGGUUAUCAUCUCAACUGUAAUUAAUUUAACUCUAAAUUAUGAUUGGAUUAUCUUUAUUGAUCCAGUGUUGAGCUUUGUACCCGCUCUAAUUUUAUUAACAUCGGCUUGGCGAUUACUUCGAGAAUCAAUUCUAAUCUUACUGGAAACUGUUCCCUCACAUAUUAAAGUGGAAACAAUUAAAAAGUGUAUCAUUAAUCUUCCUCUGGUUGAAUCGGUUCACGAAUUUCACCUUUGGAGAUUAUCGGGCGAUGUAUCGAUUGCCAGUCUACAUUGUAUCUUUUCAACACCCGCUGAUUAUAUCGCAUCAAUCAGGGAAAUCAAGCAUAUCCUUUGCGAUGCUGGUGUUCAUUCAACGACAAUCCAACCCGAAUUCUUGUCCCAACCAUUUACUAUUGACACUGGACCGUCAGAAUCAUCAACUAAUUAUGUUAAAUAUUGUCAAGCAACUUCACAGUCUUGUGAAGGUCAAACAUGUUGUUCAACUUGA